AUGGCCGGCAACAUGGAAGGCCCCAACUCGCAGCACUACGUGGACGCCGCCACAAUCUCCGUCAUGCUGCUGAACGUCACGGCGCAGUCGCUUGGUCUGGGUCUUGCGUCGGCCCUCGACACGCUUUGCUCCCAAGCGUACGGAGCCAAACGACUUGGCAAGAUCGGGGUCUACUUCCAGACUGGUGUGUUGGUUCUCACUGUGGCGCUCGUUCCCAUGCUCGUGGUCAACUCGUUCGCCGAGCCGAAGCUCGGUUGGCUUGGCCAGAAUGCCGACGUCACCUACUUGACGCGGGACUUCUCCCGCUUGAUGUUGCCCGGACUGCCGUUCCUCUUUCUCUACGAACUCGUGCGCAAGGUGAUGCAAGCGCAAAACAUCGUCAAGCCUCUCGUCGCCAUCGCAGUGAUCGGGAACCUCGUCAGCCUCGCUGCUGGCUACGGCCUGGCGUACCACACGUCGCUGGGCUUCAACGGCAUCGCAGUCGGACGCUCACUGGGUAACAUGACGCUCUCACUGCUCCUGUGGUGGGGCCACGGAUGGAAUCUCAAGGCUGCCAAGAGCUACGUCCCGCUGUUCCUACAUAUCGGACUGCCGGGUAUGGUCAUGAUGGCUGUGGAGACUGUUACCUACUUGAAUCUGCUCAGUCCGGUCCAGGAGCAACUCAUCUUGAAGCCAUAA